CACACACACACGCGCACACACACACACACACUCACUCUCUCCCUCUCUCUAGUGCAAAGAUAUUAAACACAUCUAUUCAUCAUUAAGAACUUUAUAAUCCAAGAUGCAGUGGUGGUGCGUGGCGGUGAUGGUGGUGGCGGUGGUGGUGGUGGUGGUUGCAGACACACAUAUGGAGGAAGCAUUAAGAGGAACGAAAGAGAGGGAGAGGAGGAAGGAACUGAAGGAGAUCGAGAGAGAGAAGAAGAAGAAGGAGGAGGAGGAGGAGGAGGAAGAGGAGGAGAAAGGUCUGCCCUCCCUCCUCCUCCGUCCCGAAGAAGUCUCUCUCGUAGAAGGGGAUAACUCAAAAUUAGAGCUAUUUUUAAACAAAGUUCCCCAGGGUUGCGUGAACGUGUCACUGAUCCUGGAAGACCCCCUGGGCACUGUGACCCCCUCCUUCGUGAUCCUGUGUGACCUGACCCCGGCUAACGUUACUCUUGAGGUGACCAGCAGAGGCACUACCACCAUCACCGCCUCGGCCUCUCCUCCACAAUGGGUUAGCCAGACCUCCCCCUUCUGCGUCGUGUCCGUGAUGGGUUCCCAGGCCCUCACCACUGCAGCUGAUGUCAUGGGCUGGUUGUACACCAUUGCGUGGGAUGUGUCCUUCUUGCCCCAGAUUAUUCACAAUUGGCGUAGGAAGAGUGUGGUUGGCCUAAGCUUCGACUUCCUUACGUUCAACUGGAUCGGCUUCUUCUCCUAUUUCAUCUUCAACAUGGGACUGUACUGGAUCUAUGACAUUCAGAUACAGUACUCAAUACGCUAUCCAGGAAGCAUUCUUCACGUUCGUCUUAAUGAUGUCAUCUUCCCGCUAUACGCAGUGGUGUGUGUCACCCUGCAGAUUGGACAGUGCUUGUUGUAUGAGCGGGCGGAGGGGCAGCGAGUGUCCGUGAUGUGCAGGGUGUUGAGCGGCAUCCUCGUGGCCUCUGCUGCCGUUGGGUGUCUCCUGGUGCCCCUGGUGAAGAGCUGGUGGUGGCUUGACGUUCUCUACCUCCUGUCCUACGUCAAGUUAACCAUUACGUGUAUUAAAUACGUGCCACAGCUCUGGGUGAACUACAAGGGCAGAAGCACAGCAGGCUGGAGCAUUUACCAAGUUAUCCUGGACUUUACUGGAGGAAUGCUUUCUCUUGUUCAAAUGUUUAUGCUGUCUGGAAAUUAUGGUGAUUGGCUCUCCCUGCUGACUGAUCCAGCUAAACUUGGUCUUGGUCUUCUGUCAAUCAUGUUUAAUAUUUUGUUCUUCAUUCAACACUACUGCCUCUACAGAACUCCACCUUCGUCAGCGGUGAGGGAGCUGAAAGGAAAAGAUGGGCCCUUACAAGGUUCUGAAUGGACUGAGGACACCAAAUUCUGAAACGAUAAGCUA